GGCAGCGACUUCGAGUGCCUCUUCUCCCCCUACGCUGACGCUGGGCCGCCCUCGCUCCUCUCCGUCGGCCUGCCCGCAGCGGCCACGGAGACCGCGAGCUCGCAACCUUCCAAUCUGCGCGCCAGUGCCCUGCGAUCCGGUGUCACGUCGUCGCCAUCUCGAUCAAACAUUCGCCCAGGCCGCUGGCGCCUUUUCUUCCAUCACCACCGGAGGUCUUUGCCCCGCGUCGUAGAGGUGCUACCUCGCCUAAGCCGUUGUGAGGAGGCGCCCCUGCUCCUCCCCCCUCCGCGUUGUGUCAACCACAGGAUGGUGCCCUCCCACCUCAACGAGGUGUGCGCUUUGCUCGGGACUGCGAGUUCAUCGUCGACAACCGCGACGGGAACGUGCAGUACAACCGGUACUACGGCUGCGACCCCGCCGACCUCGACUUAUACUGGACGCUGUGAACUCUAUCGGGGAGCCCUCUGCUACUAUCUCCGGGAGGGCGUGCCGGACCUCGAUGAGGUAUACGGCGUGCUCGACAGGGCCUGGUCCAAGCCGCAUGAGGAGACAGCCCUCCGCGGGAUCCAAUCGUUGCAGCGUCCUCGAUCUCAGGGUUGGGACUAUACAUGUCUUGCCCUGCGCCGUGUCUUCUGUGGUAGAGAGGUUUCUAAUUUGGCAAAGUUCGGGUACCGGAAUCCUGAAGCGAAACAGCAAUGUAUAUUUAUACGACGCUCUGUUAACUCGCUCAGUUAACUCUGGACGACAAGACAUCGGCUCCUGUUAAUAAUCAAAAAUUCAGAUAGUGUGUGACUGUACCUUUUUUUAUAUGCAAUUGAGGAGGAUGGUAUUCCAUACUGAUCAAUACCUGCAUUUUGUGUAAUAAUAUGGUCUUCAGUGCCUUGG